AUACAGUAAGGCAAAAUGGCUUUUAACUUUAUAUGGUGAUUGAGAGACCAUGGUUGGAGCUGCAAAUGAGUCUCUGGUUUCAAAGGACUCCAGGGUGGUAUUGUUUUCCCCGGGUAAGCCGACACCUGCUGGUUGUUAUGGAGAUCCAAAGAAGAGACAAAAAGCAAAGGGCGAUGCAAUGGCGGAGCACACCUACUCGCUAAGAGGAGUCUGGUUUUUAAAAAAGUGAAAUUUGACACGUCACUUCAAUGCGGCAACAGGCAGCGUACCGGAGGCCCAGCUGCUCUUCCACAUUCUGAUGCGCAAACCUGGACCACAACGCAACGAGCCCCGGCCCUCCAGAGGGACCAAUGGGAGGCGAGCGUGCAGAGGUGGACCAGGCCACGCCGGUUUUCCAGCAGCUGUGGUUCAUGGUGGCGAUGGCGGCCGUGGCCCUGGUGCUGAUGGCCGUGGCCCUGGCCGUGGCCCUCCACAAGGUCAGGUGGCCACUUUCACCGCUCACUUCCUUCGCCACCUUCCGAGACAGCCAAUCAAAUGUGUGGCAGGUGUUGAAGAAAGCCCCCCUGACCAGAGAGAGACCCCCCUUGGCGGCCAUGCAGAAGCGACAUCCCCUGGCUGUUUAUCCGGCCAGCAACUCUGUUUUGUUCGACACGGCGGGCGUGGUCAGCAGUGUGACGCUCAAGUCUUUCACCAUCAAGAUGGAGGAGGAGCUGGAGGCCAAAUGCGCAGGUGACAAAGGAGGAGGCGAGACUUCCUUGAGGCGCAGCGUCAGCCAGGUGAUGGACAAAAAGCCAUUGGGGGAGGCGUGGGGCCAUGAUAGCGGGAUGUUUAUGGACGACGAGGAGUUUGUGGACAGCGUGAAAGGCUUCAGCACCGUCAGGAAGGAGCACACCAUGUUUACAGACACCAACUUGUGACUGACUGCCAUCCCAAAUCAAGUGCAGCAUGAAACUUGACAGCAAUGAGAGGAUAGCUUCAAAAAAAGAAGCGUAGAAAAUGUAGUUCUUCUCAUUUUAAUUGAAAUGAGGUGCAAUGCUGCCACAAAACCAUUACAGUCAAUAGAAUGUCACCAAAAAAAUGACAAAACAAUAAAUUAAUAUACUGCAGUACCA